AAGCACCAUCAACACAUUCUGACUACUUUUCUUCAUCAUGGUGAAUCUCAAGAAUAUCGCCCUUGCAGUAAGCGUCCUUCUUGGAUGCGGACUUGCUGUCCCUGCACCUGCUGCCCCAGCUGCCGAGGCCGGAGCCAUUAUCCCGGGCAGUUAUAUCAUCACCUUGAAGCCUGAGGUCGAUGCUGUAAUGGCCAAGGCCCAUUUGAAAUGGGUAAAGGGCGUUCACAAGAGAAGUCUCACCAAGCGUGAGACUGAAGUAGGUGUUGAGAAGACCUAUGACAGCAAGUCUGGCUUCCAGGGUUACGCGGGAACGUUUGACACUGCGACUAUCAAGGAGAUCAAGAAGAGCCCAGAUGUAAGUGCACCAUCUAACUGGUUCAACAAGGUAUUGGCUGUUGAACCUAACCGUGUAUGGAAGCUCAAUCGCGUCAAGAGCAAGCGAAGCCUCGAGAAGAGAGAUGAGAUCACCCAGAAGAAGUCGACCUGGGGUCUCGGCACGAUCUCCCACCGCAAGAAGGGCUACAAGGAGUACAUUUACGAUGAUUACGCUGGCACUGACAUGUAUGCCUAUGUCAUUGAUGGCGGUGUUAGAGUGACCCAUAAUGAGUUCGGUGGCCGUGCAAAGGCAGCUUGGACCAACUGGAAGGGCAACAACAAGGACGAUGAUGGUCACGGAACCCAUGUCGCUGGUACCAUUGCUGGUAAGACAUAUGGUGUUGCCAAGAAGGCAAAUAUUCUUGCCCUCAAGGUCUUCAACGGCGAUGAGUCUGAUACAUCUAUUGUCCUUGAUGCUUUCAACUGGGCAGUCAAUGAUAUCAUCAAGAAAGACCGUACAUGGAGGGCUGUUAUCAACAUGUCUCUCGGCGGCGAAAAGUCCACCGCCUUCAACAAAGCUGUUGACACUGCAUCCAAGAAGGGUGUCGUCACAGUUGUCGCUUCCGGUAACGAUGCUAUAGAUGCCGCCAAGGAAUCACCUGGUUCUGCCGCGAGCGCAAUCACUGUUGGAGCAGUCGACUCCAACUGGGCUGUCGCAGAUUUCUCCAACUGGGGAAAGACAGUCGACAUCUUGGCCCCCGGAGUUGGCAUCACUUCAGCUGGUCACAAGUCCAACACCUAUACUUUCACCGAGGAUGGGACUUCAAUGGCUGCUCCUCAUGUAGCUGGAUUAGUCUUGUAUGCGAUGAGCGUGGAGGAGGUUGAGGGAGUUGCCGAUAUUACGGCGUGGCUUAAAGAACUGGCGACUCCGAAGAAGAUUUCCGGAAAUCUUCGUGGAGCGCCUAAUCUGAUUGCGAAUAACGGCAAUUGGAUUCAGUAA